CUAGUCCUCCGCCCGAGAAGUGUCCUCGAGUCAAAAUCCUCUAUACCCACCGCUGCACUGCAAUCCAAUUACAGCAAUGACGCGCAUCCUCAUCACCGGCUCCGCCGACGGCUUCGGCCUCGAAGCGGCCCGCCAACUCGUCCAACGCGGCCACACCGUCUACCUGCACGCGCGCAACCAAGACCGCGCAGACCACGCCCAAGCAUCCUGUCCCGGCGCCGCGGGGGUCCUCACCGCCGACCUCAGCAACCUCGAAGCGACCCGCCGGUUGGCCGAAGAGGCCAACGCCAUCGGCACAUUCGACGCGGUGAUCCUCAACGCGGGAAUGCUCUCCGGACCCUUCCGCAAAACCCCGGACACCGGCAUCCCGGCCAUGGUCUUUGUCAAUGUCGUGGCGCCGUAUAUUCUCGCAUGCUUGCUGCAUCGCCCGAAACGGUUAAUCAUCAUCUCCUCGCAGUUGCACCGCAGCGCGAGCAACACCGCCGUGGAGGAUAUUUUCUGGCGAGAGCGGGGCGAGCGCACCUUCCAGGAUUUCCAGGCGUAUUGUGAUUCGAAGUUUCAUGUUAUGUUGAUUGCGAAUGCGUUUGCGCGAUUGUGGCAAGGGACGUCGAGUGUGGUCUCUGUGCAUCCGGGGUGGGUGGCGACCAAGUUGGGGGGUGCGGGGGCGCCGGAUCGGUUGGAGGAUGGGGUCGAGACGUAUGUCAUGCUGGCGGAGGGGGAGUAUGAUCAGGGUAUCACGGGGGCAUACUUUGAGCCUAAGAGGAAGCGUGGUAGUGCUCUUCUGGCGACGCAGGAUGUUGCGCUUCAGGAGAAGGCUGUGAGGGCCUGUGAGGAGGUCACGGGCUUGAAGAUUCCGGUUUAG